AAAAUUUGUCGUCUGUGGCCGGAGAGUAAAAUUAAUAUUUAUUUUCUAAAUAACGAAAAUAUUUUAAUUCGUACAAUUCCAUUGAAAGUUCAAAGUUGAAACGACAUUACUAUUACUGUGAAUUGUUUUUGUGAAGCUUAGGUUAAUAUUUAAUAAUGGCUUCUGUCCACAAGAUCAUUGUAAUAGUAGGCUUCAUAUCAUUGUUUCAUUCUGCAUUUUCUGCUGCACAGCAUCGAUCCUACUUACGAAUCACAUCACAAGAGUUUACAGCACUUCCUUUAGAUAUAAUAAUUCAAGCUGUAGUAAGCUUGUUUGCAGUAAUUUGGGGAGUUUUGAACAUAGCAGGCAAGCUCCGUGAGAUUCCAGCUGCAAAUGAAUUGAAUAACAUAAAAUGGGAAACCCAACGCAAUCUAACCUCAUUCUACGUCUUCAACCACAGAGGUAGAGCGUUGGCUUACGACUUUGUACCAACGCCUAGUAAAGAAGAUUUAGAAAAAUUAGAAUAACGUUCUAAAUAUUAGUAUUUAUUGUAUAUUUAUACAAACUAUUUAAUGUGAAACUUAUGAAUAUAACAAUAGAUUUAAUAAA